GCUCUGACCCACCAGCCCCCACUCCCCUCCUGGAGCCCGGGAGAGAACCCAGGCGUCCGAUCAGCGCCAUGCCCUCGCUCUGAAUCUCUCCCCCCCCCCCCCCCCCCCCCCCCGCGUAUCUCCUGCCCCGCCGGAGUCUCAUGUCGCUUCCGGGGCCAAAGUGCGUCAUCGCGAGUGGGACGUGGAUCCGGAGCUGGGAGCAGCCCCCUGGGCGUGGAGUUGGUGGUGGCUGCAUUUCAGGGCCGGGUGAGGGGUCCUUGGAUGAGGAGGUGCCCGGCUGGGCCCGGACUUGGUUCUGUCCUCCCAGCCAGGGCUGAGUGGAGCCAGGCUCCCCCCAGCAGGAUGACUGGUGCCCUGAAGAAGCACCUUGAGCUGCUGAGCGUGUUUCAGUGGGUUAUGACCUUCCUCUUCUUCGGUGCCUUCUUCACGUCCCUGCUGUUCUAUCUGCUCUUCACCCGUCUCUGGGCUGUCUCUGUGCUGUACUUCGUGUGGUGGGUGCUCGACCGUGACACCCCAGAGAGAGGCGGCCGACGCUCAGACUGGAUGCGACGCUGGCGAGUCUGGCAGCAUUUGACUGAUUAUUACCCCGUCAAGCUGGUGAAGACGGCGGCGCUGCCCCCCGACCGGAGCUACGUACUGGGCUGCCACCCCCACGGCAUCAUGUGCGUGGGGGCCGCGGCCGCCUUCUGCACCGAGGGCCCCGGCUUCUCCCGGCUCUUCCCCGGCCUGCGGCCCAGCCUGGCGCUGCUGGCGGGGCUUUUCCGCCUGCCCCUCUACCGCGAGUACAUGAUGGGCUUUGGGAUGUGUCCUGUGAGCCGCCCCAGCCUGGAUUUCCUGCUCGCCCGGCCCGGCAACGCGGUGGUGAUCGUGGUGGGGGGCGCGGCUGAGUCGCUGGACUGCGCCCCCGGGCAGCACCGCAUCAUCCUGCAACGCCGCUCCGGCUUCGUGCGCCAGGCGCUGCAGCACGGGGCCGCCCUGGUUCCUGUCUAUUCCUUCGGGGAGAACGAGGUUUUCCGGCAACUCAUCUUCCCGCCGGGCAGCCGGCUCCGGCACCUGCAGCUCCGCUUCAAGGACGUGACGGGCUUCGCGCCCUGCCUGUUCUGGGGGCGCGGGCCGCUGCCCUUCCCCUCGCCCGUCACCGUCGUGGGUGAGGAGCCCGGGGAGGGGCUGGUCCCGGCCCCUGGGACGGGCAGAGGUGGGGGAUUCCAGCCCCCUGCUAACCCCCACCCUCUCUCCACAGUGGGGAGCCCCAUCCCCGUGCCGCACCGCCCCCGUCCCACCCGUGCCGAGGUCGCUCACUACCACGGGCUGUACGUCGAGCAGCUUCGCCAGCUCUUCGACCGCCACAAAGUCAGCUGUGGGCUGCCGGCCUCCUGCCAGCUCAGCGUGGUGUAGGGCCCCCCUGGUGCGGGGCCCCCGGGCACCUCCCGGCCUCCUGCCAGCUCAGCGUGGUGCAGAGACCCCCAGCCGGACCCCUGUGCUGGCUCCCCGGCCUCCUGCCGGCUCAGUGUGGUGUAAGGACCCUUCUUGCUACACCCCCCUGCCGGUUUAGCAUCAGCGGGGGACCCCCCCCUGCACCCAGUCCACAGGGUCCUGCCAGUUUGGCCUUGUCUGGGGGUCCUGCGCCCCCCACGCAGGUCCCUGCCCCUGUCCGGCCGGCUCGGGGUCACCUGCCUCGCGCUGCACCCCCGGGCCAGGCCGGGCCCCCCCCUUGUCCUGCUGCUGCCCCCACCCGGGGGGGAGCCGCUUCCU